GGGACGUGUAUCAAACAAAACAAUUUAGAUUGUUUAAAUUUGUCCUCACAAAUGGAGAAAAAAAAAUUUCAUGCUGUGUUUGGAAUGAUGAAAUUCCAAAAUACGAAAAUGAAGUACAACAUCAUCGUGUUUUGCAUAUUACAGGGGGAUUGACCAAACAUGUAAAGUCAAAUUACAUUAAGUUGAAUGAAGGUUUCGUUCCAUUUGAAAUUACCAUUGUGGCCAGCACCGAUGUGGAGUAUAUGGGCUACCAUAACGACAAUCCAAGCAGAGUACAAAAUGGUCCAGUAGCACCCAUUCCCAUCACUUUUGAAACGGCGAGAGAGCACAAAAAAGCCUUAGUUGUCAUCACAGGCUUUUUAAAACAAACUUUCCGUAUUGUUAGAAGCCGAUAUGGCGAUAUGAGUUUUGGAACUGGUGCCUUAUGUGACGGAACUUACAAAAUUAAUUUGAUUAUUUCAAAUUUUGCGGAAAGCGAUAUAGCACUUGGUGAAAAUAUUACUGUCACUGGGGAAAUAACUGAAGAAGGUGGACUAACUAUGAUUACUUGCUGGGACAUGACAUGCAUUGAGCGAAAUAAUAAUGUGGAUAACAUGCCACUUGCUCAAUUGAGCAAAGCAACCAAAAUCCCAAAGCGAAGAGCUGAGUAGGCACAUUUUUUUUUUAAAUAGUAAC